AUGACUGAAAAUUUAAGUUCUGGUGGUUCUUCACAAACUAUUAGUACAGUUUUGUCUCACUUUAUGUUGGUUGAGAAAUCAACAAAAGCCCAAUGUAAUUACUGCAAUGGAAACACAAUGAAUCUUCACAAACACUUACAAAAGAAACAUCCCAGUAAAGUUGAACAUAAAGCAGAAAGCACUGGUGAAAUGGAUAAUAAUAAAUAA